AUGGCGCGUCCCAAGUGGCUGAUGUCUUUGACGCAACGUGACUCGAAAGCGCCAUUUAUGCUGAAGCUCAGAAGUUCAGAAAGCUUCAUCGUCGGAACUGUGUCGUUGGCAGUGUUUACAGACAUGUUCCUGUAUGGCAUUAUUGUCCCUGUCGUCCCGUUUGCGAUCGAAACGCGCAGUCACGUUGAUGAAAGCCGAGUCCAGUAUUGGGUAACUGUGCUUGUUGCGAUCUAUGGAGCAUCUCUGCUUGCUUUUUCUCCCAUCUGUGGCUGGCUGGCCGACCGGGGGGCUUCUAGAAGAUCACCACUUCUACUGGGUCUUGCUGCACUCUUGGGCUCAACUGUCUUGCUGCAUGUUGGUAGCUCAACAGGGCUCCUGGUUGCUGGCCGUGUGUUGCAAGGAGCGUCGGCUGCUGUUGUGUGGGUCGUCGGACUUGCCCUUGUGGCUGAUACGGUUCCGCAAGAACGACUCGCUACAGCUACUGGAUGGCUCAGUCUGGGGCUGUCCCUAGGUUUGCUCCUAUCUCCACUGUUAGGAGGUGUGGUGUAUGAUCAUGCUGGGUAUGGAGCAGUAUUCGCUAUGGCGUAUGCUUUGAUUGGCCUGGAUAUUGUCCUUCGACUGCUACUGGUGGAGAAAAAGGUUGCGGCUCGUUGGGAUCCGGAUGCCAUGGGCCGGGUAGCAGUAGCUGCUAUCAAUGAGUCUGAUAAUACUUUGAAACCCGAUACAGGAUCCACCCAUGGCGAUGGGACUCACGACACGGAAAAGGGCCAGCCGAUGACUGGAUGUCAAUCCUAUCCUGAACCUACUUCUCCCCCUCGUCGACGGUACCGUGAUCUUCUUCCUCCAGUCUUAUCAUUACUUUACUCUCGUCGGCUACUGGCAUCACUCUUCUGCGCAUUCGUUCAGGCUGCACUUACAACCGCCUUUGACUCGGUUCUUCCUAUCCAUGCUGCGAAUGUGUUCAAUUGGACGGCAACGGGCGCGGCACUUCUCUUCCUCCCAAUUGUCAUUCCAAGCUUUGUGGCCCCGCUAUUUGGCUGGCUGAGUGACAGGUUCGGAGGUCGUUAUUUCGUCAUGGCUGGGUUCUUGGCUGCCGUGCCACCGCUCGUUUGUUUGCGCUUCGUGGACAACAAUAGCAUCGAUGACAAAGUGUUGCUAUGUGUCUUACUCGCAAUAGUUGGAUUGUCUUUUGCACUCACGUUUCCCCCAAUCUUGGCAGAGAUCUCUGGCGUUGUCGAAGCCAAAGAAAAGAGCAUGCUUGCAAAGGGUCAUCCUGGGUUCGGAAAAGGGGGGGCCUAUGCUCAAGCUUACGCUUUAUUCAACGUUGCAUUUGCGGCAGGAUGUAUGGUUGGCCCCUUGCUGGCGGGCUUUAUAGUGGAAGCUAGGGGCUGGGGCACAAUGGCAUGGGUUCUGGGUCUUUUCUCUGGUGUAAGCGCAGUUCCCGCCUUCCUCUGGCUGGGUGGUUGGUUUUUCAGCAAGGUCCGAUAG